AUGGCUCCCUACCCCAGCGGCCUCGGCCUGCCGCUGCUGCUGCUCGCCUGCUGCCUCGCUGCCACCCGGGCUGAUCUGCUGGACUGGCUGUGGCUGUCCGCUGGUACGGAGAGGCCCACAGCCUCACAGGCCCCUGUGCCCCCAGGCAGCCCACCUGUGCAGCCUGCAAAGGAUAUCACCACGCAGGUAGCCCCUCAGGAUGGCCCCACCGAGCAGGGGCCAGCCCCUGACAGCUCUGAGCUGCCCCUGGAGAGGCUGGAGACUGGCCAGGGCAAGGCCUCCACUGCCCCUCCUGCCUCCACCACCCCAUCUGCCUCCACCGAGAAUAUUGCUGGCGUCGGAGCCAUGAUUCUGAAUGUGGCUAUGGGAAUCCGGAACUUCAUCCAGCUGUGGGAUAAUGCUACCAGGAUGGAGAUGCCAGCACCUGUGACCCCCACAGGUCCCCUCACCCUCCCUGGGCCCUCCAGCGCCCCCCAGGAGAACGGAACACCUCUCUGGCAGACCAGUCGGGCCUUGAGCUCUCCAGACACCAAGAGGACUGAGGUCGGCAGCCUGCCAGUGCCCACCCAGCCAUCACCCUCCCCGGACAGCCCCCGAGCCCUGCUCAGGGAGCCCUCGGUGACACCGAAGUUCCCAGGUAGAGCUCUCUCCUCCAUACCAGGCGGGGCCCUUCCCCGGGGAAGCCAGCAGUCCCCAGGUUGGCCCCCGAAUUUGGAUGGCAUAGGACCCUUGCCCGUGGCAGCCCGUCCAGGCCAGCAGCACGAACAUCCCGACAUCCUCAAGCACAGGCCGCUUCUGCUUCCUCUGGUGACGGGUUCCCUGGGUGCGGACACUGCCCCGUCGGCUCUCUCCUCUGACCCCCCUGCCCAUCUGUCUCAAAUCUUACUCUCGGCUUUAACUGGGGACAGUGGUGCUUGGGUUCCUCACAAGGCUAAUUCUGUGGGGCCUGGUCUUGCUAAUAACUUUGCACUACUCAGAUCCCACUGGCUGACCCCUGCAGGGCAGCCUGUCCGCCAUGCCACCGGCCGGUGCCUGCCCCUGCCGCCCUCCCUGUCGGUGUGCGGCAGCCUGGGCAUCAGGUGCUCCUGUUUGCCCAACCACCUCCACCACGCCAGUGGAGAGGAGGUAUUGGAGGCUUCUCGGGCCUGGGGCGGCCUCCUCCAGACUCACUGUCACCCCUUCCUCGCCUGGUUCUUCUGCCUGCUGCUGGCCCCACACUGUGGCGCUGGCCCCCUGCUCACCCCGCCACCCUGCCGCCAGUUCUGCGAAGCCUUGGAGGACGCGUGCUGGAGCCACUUGGACGGGGGCAGGCUCCCAGUCACCUGCGCCUCGCUGCCGGCCCAGGAGGACGGGUACUGUGUGUUCAUUGGGCCGGCUGCAGAGAGAGUGGUCACAGAGGUGGGGCUCCUCCAGCUGCUCGGGGAGCCCCCACCUCAGCAGGUCACCCAGAUUGAUGACCCCGACGUGGGACCAGCCUAUGUCUUUGGCCCAGAUGCCAACAGCGGCCAGGUGGCCCGGUACCACUUCCCCAGCCCGUUCUUCCGCGACUUCUCGUUGUUCUUCCACGUGCGGCCGGCCACCGAGGGCGCUGGGGUGCUGUUUGCCAUCACAGAUGCGGCCCAGGCAGUGGUCUCAGUGGGUGUGAAGCUGUCAGGUGUGAGUGAUGGCCAACAGCACAUCCAGCUCCUGUACACCGAGCCCGGUGCAGCCCAGACGCACGUGGCCGCCAGCUUUCCCCUGCCUGCCUUCACUGGCCAGUGGACACGCUUUGCUCUCAGUGUGGAUGGCGACAUCGUGACACUCUUUGUGGACUGCGAGAAGGUCCAGUGGGUGUCCUUGGCACGAUCUCUACAAGGCCUGGAGCUGGAGCCCGGCUCUGGCCUCUUCGUGGCUCAGGCCGGAGGAGCGGACCCCGACAAGUUCCAGGGGAUAAUCGCGGAGCUGAGGGUGCGCAGUGACCCCCAGGUGAGCCCAGUGCACUGCCUGGAGGAUGAUGACGACGACGAUGACGGGGAGUCAGGAGACUUUGGAAGUGGGCUGGGGGAAAACCAGGAGCUUCUCAAGAAGGAAGUGGGACCGUCCCUGAAACCCAGCCUCCCCGAGGCUCCCCCGGUCACUUCUCCUCCCUUGGCUGGAGGCAGCAACUCAGAGGAUUCCAGAACCGAAGAAAUCGAGGAACACACCACUGUGUCUUUAUUAGGAGCUCAGACCCUUCCUGGCUCAAAUAUAGUCACCACCUGGAACAGGAGCGUCCAGACCUUUGAGGGUGUCCUGGAAGAGGGUCUUGCAGGCCCAGUGGUGCAGAGCCCCGAUGCACGGGCUGUCCCUGGGCCACAGGGACCCCCGGGACCCCAGGGACCACCAGGGAAGGAUGGCGCCCCUGGAAGGGAUGGUGAGCCAGGCGACCCUGGGGAAGAUGGAAAACCCGGUGACACUGGGCCACAGGGCUUCCCGGGAACUCCAGGAGACAUGGGCCCCAAGGGAGAGAAGGGGGACCCUGGGGUUGGGGCAAGAGGACCCCCAGGACCACAAGGGCCUCCAGGGCCACCAGGACCCUCCUUUAGACAUGACAAGCUGACCUUCAUUGACAUGGAGGGGUCUGGGUUCGGCGGCGACCUGGAGAACCUUCGAGGCCCGAGAGGUUUCCCUGGCCCUCCUGGACCCCCCGGUGUCCCAGGCCUGCCCGGAGAGCCAGGCCGCUUUGGAUUGAACAGCUCAGUCAUUCCCGGACCCCCAGGCCUUCCUGGUGUGCCUGGGCGGAAUGGACAGCCUGGACUCCCUGGUCCCCCAGGACCUCCAGGCGCUCCAGGGAAAGACGGGCGGCCAGGAGAGGCUGGCCAGAAAGGCAGCCUGGGCAAAGUGGGCACGUCAGGACCUAAGGGAAGCAAGGGAGACCCCGGCCCCAUUGGUGCUCCUGGGGAGAAUGGCUUGGCAGGAGCCCCUGGACCAGCAGGACCGCCCGGGCCCCCCGGCCCACCCGGACCCCCUGGGCCUCCAGGAUCUCCAGGAUCAGGACUUCCCGUGGGGUUUGAUGACAUGGAAGGCUCCGGAACACUUUUCUCGUUGACAUACCGAGGUGCUGAUGGGCUUCAGGGACCGCCUGGCAGACCUGGAGUUAAGGGGGAUCCUGGAAUAGCUGGGUUACCGGGGACCAAGGGAGAAGUUGGUGCAGAUGGACCCCCUGGGUUUCCUGGCCUCCCCGGCAAAGAUGGUGUAGCAGGAGCCCAGGGACCAAAAGGAGAAAAGGGGACCCAGGGAGAGAAAGGCGACCCAGGGAAGGAUGGAGUGGGGCAGCCAGGCCCCCCAGGGCCCCCCGGACUCCCAGGGCCCAUCGUCUACGUGUCGGAGCAGGACAGAGCGGUGGCCGUGACCCAUGGAGUCAAGGGCCAGGCGGGGUACGCGGGCCUCCCCGGACCAGCCGGGUCGAAAGGAGACAUAGGCUCCAGAGGCCAGCAGGGCCCCCCAGGACCCAAGGGCGAGAAGGGGGAGCCAGGCAUGGUCUUCGGUCACGACGGCAGAGUGCUGGCCCCCGCGCAGAAAGGAGCCAAGGGAGAGCCCGGCUUCCGAGGACCUCCGGGUCCAUACGGACGGCCCGGGCACAAGGGAGAGAUUGGCUUCCCUGGACGACCAGGUCGUCCCGGGAUGAACGGAGUCAAAGGGGAGAAAGGGGAGCCAGGAGAUGUCAGCAUCGGAUUUGGUGCAAGGGUGAAGCCAGGUCUGCCUGGCCCCCCAGGGCCUCCAGGGCCCCCAGGCCUUCCCGGGAUCCCUGUCUAUGACAGCAACGCAUUUGCGGAGUCUGGCCCUGCUGGACCUCCCGGACUGCCAGGACACCACGGGCCUCCUGGACCAAAGGGUGACAAAGGAGAUGUGGGCCCGCCUGGAUCACCAGGGCAGUUCCCAUUCGACUUCCUCCACCUAGAGACUGAGCUGAAGGGGGAGAAGGGUGACCGAGGGGACACCGGACAGAAAGGAGAAAGGGGCGAGCCUGGGGGUGGCGGAUUCUUUGGCUCGAGUGUGCCUGGACCCCCCGGCCCACCAGGCUACCCUGGGAUUCCGGGUCCCAAAGGAGAGAGCAUCAGGGGCCAGCCUGGCCCACCUGGACCUCAGGGACCCCCCGGCAUUGGCUACGAAGGGCGCCAGGGGCCUCCAGGGCCCCCCGGGCCCCCAGGACCCCCAGGGCCCCCUUCCUUUCCUGGCCCUUACAGGCAGACUAUCAGCGUUCCUGGGCCCCCAGGCCCACCUGGGCCCCCAGGACCCCCUGGAACCAUGGGCACCUCCUCAGGGGUGAGGAUCUGGCCCACGUACCAGACCAUGCUGGACAAGGUGCCAGAGGUGCCCGAGGGCUGGCUCAUCUUCGUGGCGGAGAGGGAGGAGCUGUACGUCCGCGUCCGAAAUGGGUUCCGGAAGGUCCUGCUGGAGGCCCGGAUACCACUUCCGCACGGGACGGACAAUGAAGUGGCCGCCUUGCAGCCCCCCCUGGUGCAAUUGCACGAAGGUAACCCGCACCCCCGGUGGGAACGUCCCCCCUCCACGGCACGACCCUGGAGGGCAGAUGACAUCCUGGCCAGGCCCCCACGCUUGCUGGACCCCCAGCCCUACCCCGGAGUCCCGCACCAUGGCUCCUAUGUACACCCCCGGCCAGCCCGCCCCACUGGCAUUCCCGCCCACACCCACCACGACUUCCAGCCGGCGCUGCACCUGGUCGCACUCAAUGGGCCACAGCCUGGUGGCCUGCGUGGCAUCCGUGGCGCUGACCUCCAGUGCUUUCAGCAGGCACGUGCGGCAGGGCUAGCGGGCACCUUCCGUGCCUUCCUGUCGUCGCGCCUUCAGGACCUCUACAGCAUUGUGCGUCGUGCCGACCGUGCCACCGUGCCCAUCGUCAACCUCAGGGAUGAAGAGCUGUUUCCCAGCUGGGAGGCCUUGUUCUCCGGCUCACAGGGCCAGCUGAAGCCCGGGGCCCGCAUCUUCUCCUUUGACGGCAGAGACGUGAUGCAGCACCCAGCCUGGCCACAGAAGAGCGUGUGGCACGGCUCAGACCCCAGCGGACGCCGGUUGACCGAGAGCUACUGUGAGACAUGGCGGACUGAGGCCGUGACAGUCACGGGCCAGGCCUCCUCAUUGCUGACGGGCAGGCUGCUGGAGCAGAAAGCUGCGAGCUGCCACAAUGCCUUCAUUGUCCUCUGCAUUGAGAACAGUUUCAUGACCUCCUCCAAGUAGGGCUUCUGCCAGCUUGCACGAUGUAUGGACAGCCAGCCAGAGAGGAGGCCAGGUGGCAGGGGCAGUGGAGAAGCCCCCGUGCUGGGCCAGGAGCUGCAGCUGGCACCCCGGAUGCGACCUAGCUGGGACACUUUCCUGUGUGGUUCACAUUUCAUGUAAUCCUCCAGAAAUAAAAGAAAGCCAAA